CUCUCUGUGAAGCACACACAGUCUGCCCCUCUCUCACCCUCAGAGCAUGCUGCUGAGACACGCUCGCUCCCUUCUUCAGUUGCUGCAGCCGAGACUACACCAGCAGCGUCGGACCGUGCGGCGGCUUCGUGGUGAUGCCUUGCAUGUGAAGUCAACUUCUUCCCGUUUGACUUCUCUUCUCCAUCAUGAGAAAAGACCGACUCCUCUUGGCCGCAACUCUCACCGUUAUCUUCUCCGCUGACAUCUACUUCAUCCUUUUGCCAAAGCUGCACAGGGCCAGACGCUUCUGUCCAUGUCGCCACGGCAACUUCAGCCUCUCCAGUCACAUCUCCAGCUGGACUUUCAUUCCGCUCCAGGAUACGACUCCUUCAGAACCAGACAACGGGGGGUCCAAACUUGACCGGCUGUUCGCUCAUCCUUUGUAUAACAUCCAGGCCCCCAUGCCGGGACCCGAGGAGAGGCUGCUGCAGGUGGAGCAGCUGAUGGACUACUACAGGAAGAAGGUGUCACGCUGGGAAAGACACAUGAAGCUAUACAGUGAAGCUGCGGCCGCCUCCAACAUCACCGUCGUGGAACACGACGUGGCUUUUGACCCCGACGCCAGUUGGCUCAAGUUCCACUUGGGAAUAAGUCGCUAUGCGCUGUACUCCCGCCGGGACCCCGCUAUCACACAGCUGCUCAGGGACAUGCAAGACAUGACCGUGGUCAAUGCAGACUACACUCAAGAUGAGAAGGCUCUAAAAGGGGCAUGCGACUGCAGCCAAGUAGUGAAGCCCAGUGGACACCACCUGAAACUCGCUCUUAAGAUGCAGAACUUUGCCAAGGCCAUGUUCAAGCCAAUGAGGCAGCAGAGGGACGAGGAGACUCCAGAAGAUGUCUUCUAUUUUGUUGAUGUCCAGAGACACAAUGCAGAGAUAGCUGCCUUUCACCUGGACAGGAUCCUGGACUUCCGCAGAGUUCCUCCUGUGGCUGGCAGGUGGCUGAACCUCACCGGAGAGGUGCUCCAAGUGACCAGAAAUGACGAACUUCGAGCAGUUUUCUUCACCUCGCCGGCAAACAACACGUGUUUUUUCGCCAAGUGUCUGUAUGUGUGUAAGACCGAGUAUGCAGUGUGCGGAACCCCUGACCUGCUGGAGGGUUCCUUGUCUGCCUACCUGCCUGGCCUCAGCAUCGCCCCCCGUAUCUCCAUCCCCAACCCGUGGAUCCGCUCCUACUCCUUCACCGGACGGGAAGAAUGGGAGAUGAAUCCGCUCUACUGUGAUACGAUAAAGCAGCUUUAUCCUUACAAUUCAGGCAACCGCCUCCUCAACAUCAUCGACAUGUCCAUCUUUGACUUUCUAAUGGGAAACAUGGAUCGACACCACUAUGAGAUCUUCACUAAAUUUGGCGACGAAGGUUUUCUUCUCCAUUUGGACAAUGCCAGAGGAUUUGGGAAGCACAGCCAAGAUGAGAUGUCCAUCCUGGCUCCUCUAUCUCAGUGCUGCAUGAUAAAGCGUUCCACUCUAUUGAGGCUCCAGCUGCUGGCUCAAACACAAUUCCAGCUGAGUGACGUGAUGAGGGAGUCUCUGCAGAAAGACCCUUUGCAGCCCAUCCUAACAGAACCCCACCUCUCAGCUCUGGACCGCAGGUUACACAAGAUCCUGAGAGUGGUCCAGCGCUGCGUCCGAAGGCUGGGCAAGGACCGAGUCAUCUCCAGUGACUUUGUAAAGUCCACAUUGAAAUCUGAGGCCAAGACGGAGAGCAAAAAGGCCAGGUAGCAGAGCAUGAAAGUCACUCUGCUUCUCUUUAAGACUUCAUGAUGAAGUGCAGUUGUUUCGAUUUUAAUGAAACAAGCCAUGGAUAAAAGAUGCUGUGAAUCCCAUAGUGUACAUAUGGGGAAUAAUGUUCAAGUCCACAUAUAAAGACUGCAUUUAUGGCAAGGCAUAAUGUCAAAGAAUGUCAGCUAUAACAAUAACCAAACACAUGAGAGCACUUAAUAUUAUACUUCCUUAAAUGCCUGCAUUUAUUGAUAAAUGAUUUUUUUUAUAUUUUCCCCAUUUCAGACUAUUUUGUACAGACACAAUAAUAAAGUUCAGAAAAACAAAUGUACAAACAGAUAUUCAAAUGUUAUGGGUGAUAACCCACUCAACCAUUAUCACUGUUUUCCAUCCAAUUCACCCGCUAUAGAAUUAAUGAACUAAUAAAUGUACAAAAAACACACUGGAGGCAAUUCUUUUUACUUUUUUAUUGCUUAAACUGCCAUCUGGAACAAUCUAUACCAAAAAAGGAUAAACAUCUUUGCACAUAUAGGAGGUGAAACUGAAUACAGGGUAAGAAUAGAAAAAGAAUGGUCCUCUGAUCGCCUCGCAAUACAGUGCACCGCAACCCGCUUUAAAGGUCGGAAACCAGCAGGAGUGACCAAAAACUACCGUAAGCCCAGGAAAGGUCAGCUAAGGCAAACCGGGACGAUUGCAGUGUGGCUAAAACAUUUAAAACCAAUGCUGAUGUUGCAGCUAUUUACAUUAGUCUGACGUACACCUUCAUCCGUAUCAAAUAGUGGUUUAGUGGGAUGGACGGGAAGUGACUAACUCCACAAGGAUAGCCUGAGUGGGGCGCCGGGGGGGGGGCAACACAAGAUGAUGAUCAGCCAAAGAAAAGACACUCAUCUCCAACUAACAUGGCUGCUGCAAUCAGAAUACAAAUGACAUGAAAAAUGGCAGGAAAGACGUAAAAUCGGAGGUCAUCUAAAUAGUCGUGGGGUCACCGAUCAAAUAUCCACGCUUCUGCACAAAGCUGCAGGGGGCCGUGCGGUAUUUUGUAUGGGUUUGUGUGACAACAUCAUACCCCCAAAAA